GCAGGGUCUGUGCCUCCGACUGACAGACAUUUUUCUCUCCAUUGCUCUGGUUUACUACUAUUAUCAGCCAACAUAAGGACAGUUUUGUGGACAGUUCUCUGUUGCAAUAAUUCGGACUAUCAAAACACAGGCACUAAAGGGAGUCACGGACAAUCUGUUUUUGUCAAUAAAAAAAACAUUCACAGGAGAAAUCACCGUCGUAGUUCCCCUUCGGAAACCAUUUGUCUGCUUUUCAAUUAGUGCUGACUGUUUUAGACCAGAGAUGCAGGUUCCCCAAUUUGGCGCUCCCCGGACCUGAAACUGGUGACGGGACUGAGGAGUGGACACAAACCAAAGAACCCCUUCUCUACAGCCAGCCGUGUUGGAUGCAGCUGAAUAACAAGCUGAGGAGGAGAAAAAGAAAGAGCAUUCGAUUCUUCCGCUCCAUUCAGAGGACUGCCAUCCAUGUGGUGGUAUGAUGAGACUGUGAGUCAGGAGAAACACAAUCAGACGGGAGCGGAGUGAUAAAGGGAGAGAAAGAAAGAAAGGCAAGAAAGGUGGAGGAUUAAGGGUGCGAGGUGAGUGUCUAGGUGCCCUCCUAACCCCUAGGUGAUAGCACCAGUCAGGGCAGCAAGAUGACCAGCCUGUUCAGGCGCAGCAGCAGUAAUGGAGGCUCCAGGGGAGGUGGAGGAGGAGGGGGAGGCAGUGGUGGUUCCACCCCAGGAGAUCUCAACAACAGCCGGCCUAACCGACAAGUCCGGCGCCUGGAGUUCAACCAGGCCAUGGAGGACUUCAAGAUCAUGUUCCCCACCAUGGAUUACGAGGUCAUCGAGUGCGUCCUGCGUUCCAACAACGGGGCGGUGGACGCCACCAUCGACCAGCUCCUCCAGAUGAGUAUCGACGGAGAGGGAUCAGAUGACAGCUCUGACUCCGAUGAUAGCAUCCCACCAGAGGUUCUGGAGAGGACAUUAGAACCGGACAGUUCUGACGAGGAACCGCCUCCUGUCUACUCACCGCCCACUUAUGACAUGCACAUCUAUGACAGGAAGUACCCAGAGGCCCCGCCCACUCCUCCACCAAGGUUCGAGGCUCAGCCACCUCCAGGUCACCGGCAGGUCCGCAGCUACAGGAACUGGAAUCCGCCAUUGCUUGGCAACCUUCCAGAUGAUUUCCUGCGGAUCCUACCACAGCAACUGGACAGUAUACAGAGCAGUCUGUCCCAACCUUCUUCCUCCUCCUCUCUGUCCUCCGUCGCCCAGCGGACGGCCCAGGGAGGUAUCUCCAGGCCAGGGGCUGGUGGAGCCCUAGGGGCCCCUGGAGGGCCAGGUGGUGCCGAGGGCAUGGAGGUGGCAGGCACAGAGCAAGAGCGUAAACUGAAACAGUACCUGGAUGAUGAGCGCAUCGCCCUGUUCCUCCAGAACGAGGAGUUCAUGAGAGAGCUGCAGCGCAACCGCGAGUUCCUCGUCGCCCUGGAGAGAGAUCGCUUGAAGUAUGAAUCAAAGAAAUCCAAGUCCAAUCAUUCAUCCACUUACAUGGAGAAUUCCACAGCAGGAGAGCACUGUGCGUCAGGGUCGAUGGAGGCUUGUACUGCUGUGUCAGAUGACGCCAUGUUUAGAGACAAACUCAAACAUAUGGGCAAAUCAACAAGAAAGAAGCUGUUUGAAAUCGCCAGAUCAUUCUCUGACAAGACAAAGAGAAGAAAGUUAAAAAGAAGAACGCUCCUGAAGCACCAGUCACUGGGCAUAGCCAACUCUACAGCCAACCUCCUGGAGGAUGUGGAGGGAAGCCCAGAAGAUGGCCAGCCCAGAAGAUCAGACACUCAGGAAGAUGAUGUGCCAUACAAGGAGCCGUUGUCAUGGUGAAAACCUGUGUUCUUCCCUGUUGGGAAUUAUUCUCCAAGGCUGCGCCACAUCAGGGUUUCCAUGGUGACAGCAGAAUGACCCAUGGCUGGUGGCCAAGCAAUAAUUCGGCUCCUCCCUCCCCUAACACAGACCAGCUAAUCCCAGGCCAAGAAGUGACAUGGGACCACCCACUCGCCCAGGAGGAGAAGAAGCAAACUGCUAUCCACACACCACCUCUCCUUAACUCUGACUGUUCAUAACCGCAUUGGAUUACCAUUAUAAUCUCUGUAUUAUAACUCUUAGUUAAUAUAUGAUUUAAUAUGUAAAGGGAAGAUGCAUUAGUCUUUUGACUGUUCUGUAUUUUUUUUAUAUAUCCGCUCCCUUUAACCCCCAUUGCAGAAGGCAUGGCAGCCUUGGUGAGGCUGAUCUUACCAUAUGGACUCAUCUAGUGUUACCAGUCUAAUCUAUUUUAUAUGGCUGGGAUAGAUCACUCCUGAGCCAAAGUGUGCACCUCUGAAAUGUCCCAUAAUAAACCAUGUUCACUCCCAGUAGCCAUGUGUUGCUACGCCCAUUUGGUCACAGUUUUAAACAGACAGUAACCAGUGAUGACGUGGCACGUUUUUAAACAUCUUAACUAGAAUCACAGCUCAAUCCAAGUUCAAUCCCAUUUUUCCUGAAAGUUCAGGAAACAGAAAUGACUUGUAAAGAGAGACCCUAACAUUACAGUCAACAUUAUAGUCGACCCCCCCC